UCAUAAAUUUUUACCCACCAUCACACCAACUAUUCAAAUUUCAAGAGUUAGUUCACUCCUCUCAUUAUUUUUUUUCAUUUCAUUCAAACAAAACAAAACAAAAACAAAAAAAAGGUCAAAUAUGAAACUCUCUUCUCUCUUCAAGAACUCAUCACAAAAUUCUUCUUCUUCUACAACAACAACUACUACUACUACUACUUCUCCAUGGCCAUGGUCACUACCAACUUGUGGAAAACCAAAAACACUUUCAUUUAGAUUAGAAAAGAAUCAACACAACAUUUACAACUCUACUUUUCAUCUUGAUGAUAUUAAUGACACAACAAGUUGUAGUUUUGAUGACCUUUUUAGUGAGAUUGAUGAAACAAGUUCUUCCUCUACAACAACUAUCAAUGGUCAAGAUUGUAUAGAGAAAGUGAUUAAAGGGUUGAGAUUAGAGAAAGAGAGGUUAUUUUUUGAGCCAGAAGAAACAAGUUCAAUUCUUGAUUUUCAAGAAAACAAGAUUAUUAGUAUUACUAGUAGUAAUAUUAAUAAUGUUGUUGAUGAAGGUGAUAUUAUUAGUUUUGUUCCAAUGGGAUUGGAUUCAAAUGAUCCUUUUGUUGAUUUUAGAAAAUCAAUGGAGGAAAUGGUGGAAGCAUAUGAGAUUAAAGAUUGGGAAAAUCUUGAAGAGUUAUUGACUUGUUAUUUAAAGGUCAAUUGCAAAAGUAACCAUGGUUAUAUUGUUGGUGCUUUUGUUGAUUUAUUAGUCAAUCUUGCAACUUUUAGUGACAACAAUAAUAAUGUUGGCGUUGAUAUUGGUGCUGGUGUUGGUGCUGGUGUUGAUGAGUCUACGAUAAUAAUGACAACGAUCGAUGAAGAACAACAAUGUUUAUCAUCUUCAACAACAACAACAACAACGACAACAAAUCAUUCUUUCACAUCUCCAUUGUCAUUUUGUUCUUCUUCUUGUUCUACUAGUUCAUCUAUUACUAGUACUAGUGCAUGUUUGUCUUUGUUGUUAGAAGAAGAUGAGGUUAUUCAAACAAAAAAACAUUAAUGUUGAUAGCAUUGUUUCAUUAUCUUUUGAUUUUUGAUUUUGGAACAAAGAAAUUAGAAAAAAAAAAUUAAAAUGUAUAUGUAUACUAGUGGAGUAGUAGUUCUUUUUUUUUUUCUUUUUUUUUUGCUUCUAUAAAAGUUGUUGUUGACUCUCUUUUAAUGUUUUUGGUCUUUUUUUAGUAGUAGUAGUAGUAAAUUUUUUGUUAUUUUUUCUUGUUGGUGUAGUUAGCAAGUGCAUAAAAUUAAUUGUAGUGUUAUAUUGA